AUGUUACUUUAUAUUUGUCAAAAUUCCUUAAUCAUUUCAAUUAAAUUUAAUAAAAUUGGUGAAUUUGAUAUUGAAAAAACACGAGAUAGAUUUCAAGAAAGUAUUCUAAAUGCUAAAAAUGAGAUAAAAAAACAUUUUAAGAAUAUUUUACGUCAUGUGAAAGGACAAUUUGGAUAUUUGGUAUAUGAAAAUAAUUGCAAAAUACCGAAUGUUGAUGCAUUUGAUCCAACAAUAAUGCGACAUUUUGAAAAACGAGUUUAUCAGAAUUGCACCAAAAAUGAAACUUUAACUUUUGUCACAUUCAAUAGUAAUUCCUUAAAAUAUGAAUUACAUUUUGAUAAAUCUAAAUUGAAUUCGAAUGAAAGUUUCAAGGAUUGGGAUUGCUGUUAUAAAGAAAUUAUGCGGCAAGAUGGAUCAAAUCCUGAUGGAAGUUACAAAACAUCAAACUGUAAUCCGUAUAAUGAAACAACAAUUGAAUUGGAUUCUAGUAUUGAUUUUAUAACAGUAAAAUGUAUAAAUUCUCAAAAUAAUAAAACAUAUAGUAAUGGUCACGCAAUGAUUCCUGAAAAAGUUGAAGUUAGAAAUCGUUUCAAUACAUAUGACAAAGUUUAUAAUAAACAUAUUAGCGUAUUUUUAAUUGGUAUUGAUAGUAUGUCAAGAGCAAAUCUGAUAAGAUCGAUGCCAAAUACUGCUGAAUUUUUAUAUGGUCAAGAUCAACAAUGGUUUGAUAUGCAAGGAUAUAAUAAAGUUGGCGAUAAUACUUUACCAAAUUUAAUGCCACUUUUGACUGGAUAUAAUUUAACUUCAAGGGAAUCAUGUUAUAGUACAGAAAAUGGUAGUGAUAACUGUCCACUUAUUUGGAAACUUUUUGAAAAAUAUGGAUAUGCAACAAUAUAUGCAGAAGAUUGGCCAGCUGCAAGUACAUUCAAUUAUUUACAAAGAGGAUUUAUAAAGAAACCAGUUGAUUUCUAUUUAAGACCAUUUACUAAAGCAAUAAGAGAUGAAUUAAUUGUAGAAAAACAUCGUAUGCAAUCAACUUGUAUUGGUUCAAAACAUGAAUCAGAAUAUAUUUUAGAAUAUGGUUUAGAAUUUCUUAAAAGAUUAAAAGGUAAUUCAUAUUUUGGUCUUUUAUGGCUUAAUACAUUUAGUCAUGAUGGAUUUGAUUUAAGUUCUGAAAUGGAUAUGAAAAUGUUAGAAUAUUUUGAAAAAUUAAAAAAUAUUGGUAUAAUGGAUGAAUCUAUAAUAUUUUUUUUAAGUGAUCAUGGUAUGAGAUGGGGUUCCGGCAAUAAUUUUUAUGAAGAAAGACUACCAUUUUUAUAUAUUUGGUUGCCAUCAUGGUUUAAAAAAGAAUAUUCAGAUAUUGUAAAAUCAAUAACAAUUAAUCAAAAUCGUUUAAUUAAUCCAUAUGAUGUUCACAUGACUUUAAAACAUAUUAUUAAAUUAUCGGGAAGAAUUGAAGAUGGAAUAAAAAUAGAACAAGCAAAAGAUUGUUUAAAAUGUCAAAGUUUAUUUAUUGAAGUAUCAUCAAAUCGUACUUGUUCAGAAAUUGAAAUUGAAGAUCAUUGGUGUACAUGUGAUCCAUUCGAAAUGAUUGAUACUAAUGAUGAGUUUCUUACGAAACUAGGAAAUUUUGUAGUUCAAUAUAUAAAUAAUUUAAUUGCAAAACAUGACAAUAGUACUGUUAAAGAAUUGUGUCGAACAGAUAUAAAAUUAAAUAAAAUUAAUGAAGCUUUUUAUAUAUUACCAUCGAAUACUUAUAGUAGCGAUGUAAAACGUUUUCGUAUUGCAUUUUCAACAGAAGCAGUAGGACAUAAAGAUAAUGGAAAAUUUUUUGCUACAGUACAUAUCAAUUCAAAAACUGGUGAUGUAGAUAUAAAAGGUGAUAUAAGUCGUUUAAAUAAAUAUGCUGACGAUGCGUCCUGUAUAGAUGUUCAAAAUGCUAAAAAAUUUUGCUUUUGUUAUAUAAAUAAUGGAACGAAACACUAG